AUGAGUAGACACACAUCUACCAUUGUUGGUCUGCUGACAUGCCAGAACGAGCCCUACCUCAAAGCUCUCACUACCCGUGUCAUUGGGUGUGAGGAAGUUCCCAAAACCAAGAAGACCCCUGCCAAGUACGAGGUUGAGCUCGAGGACACAAUCUUGUUCCCUGAGGGAGGAGGACAGCCUGCUGAUCUUGGCACAUUGUCCUACGAAGAGACUUCCGUUCCCGUGAACUAUGUCAAGAGAGAUGGACUCAUCGCCAAGCAUGAGACCGACAGUCCCAUUGAAGUAGGUACUACUGUCAAUGUUGACCUGGAGUGGGCUCGACGUUUCGAUCACAUGCAGCAGCACACUGGUCAGCAUCUUCUGUCGGCCAUUUUCGAUACUCGAAAGCUUGAGACCCUUGCAUGGAGCCUGGGUGACAAGUUUUGUUACGUUGAGUUGCCCAAGCGGGUGACCCGCGAGGAAAUGGACGCCGUCCAGGCUGAGGUCAACCGCGUCAUUCAGCAGGACCUCAAGAUCACUACUACCAUCAUUACAAACGAGGAAGAAAAGGCUGCAGCUGAUCCUUCUGUAGUUGAGAAGAUCCCUGAUGAUUAUGAUGUCAAUAACGGUGUUAUCCGAGUCGUUAAUAUCGGAGACAUAGAUCAUAACCCCUGCUGCGGUACUCAUCUCAACUCUACUCGAGAGAUUGGAUCUGUUGCUCUGUUGCAUACCCAGGCCAUGCGAGGCUCCAAUUGCCGUGUAUUCUUCGUAUGCGGUGACAGGGUUCACAAGUACGCCUCCGAGGCUCACCGGACCAUCAAGAUGGUCAACUCUCACCUCUCAUGCCUUACUGAGGACAUUGAGAAUAAGAUUUUGGCUCUCAACCAGAAUCUCAAGGAUGCUUCGAACCGAGAGAAGAUGUGGAUGGCCGAGGUCGCUACUUUUACCGCUCACAAUGCGAAGCAGGAUCUUGAGACUAAGAACGUUGUUUUCGUGUACAAGCCCGAGGCUUCUCUGGAUUUCCUCAACGUCAUUGCAAAGGAGAUUGGCGAUCUCGCUGAGGGUAAGACUGCCAUUCUUGCAUGCGGCCAGGGUACCGCUGGAGGUGCUAUCAUGAUCAUUGGAGACAAGCUCGACGAGGUAUCUGCCAAGGUCAAGGACAUUGUCGUUAAUGUCAAGGGAGGUGGAAAGGGCCGGUGGCAAGGAAAGGUCACCAAGUGGGACAUGGGCGCUGCCGAGGCUCUUGAGACUUAUGCUUUGAGCAUUUAG